GUGCUUAUCAUACCGUGGUCUACUCAGAACCUUCGUAUACUCAGGCUCACUAGGUUCAUUCAUCACACCAGAACCGCACACAGGACAGCACGCCGAUUCAUCACCAUGUCCACCAGCAAUAACAACAUCUUUACCCACCCGAACCUGGGCCAGAUCGAAUAUCUCGUCCCGCCCACUCAUCCACACCUCGCCAGGUUUCUAAACUUACCUUAUGGAAAGAUACCUGAACGACUCGCCCGAUCUACCGUGCGUGAUAGCUUAGGAAACGGAUCGAAACCGUACGUGGCUACCACAGCAGGACCUUCGAGCGUCCAGCCCCACGGCUCUGCCAAGAUGGAUGCCCAAGGGUUACAGUUGCCCACAGACGAGAUCCAAGAGGGAGAAGGGGAAUGGCAAUCCGAGACAGAAUGUCUACAGCUUUCCAUCACCUUGCCUCGACCUGAAUUGGACGAGGUUAAUAAGACCGGGGUUAAGGCGAAACUCCCGGUGCUCGUCUUUUUGCACGGAGGAGCGUUCUUUUUGGGCUCAGGGGAUCGAUCGUACUACAACCCGAACACAUUCAUGACUCAGGCGUUACAGGGCCUGGAAGAUGGUAACGAAGCUACCAAAUCCCCUCGACCGAUCUUGUUCAUCGCUGCCAACUACCGGCUCGGCGCCCACGGGUUCAUGCACUCCCCUUCAAAUUCUCCUCCUAACAACGGCCUGCACGACCAACUGACCCUCUUCCGCUGGAUCCACAAGUACGUCCCCGGGUUUGGAGGGGACAUGGACAACAUUACGUUGAUGGGACAGUCAGCCGGGGCGGAGAGCGUUUCGCUGCAUAACCUCGUCAAGGAUAAUGAGGGGUGGAAACCCUAUCGAAGGUCGAUCAUGUUCAGCGGGAGUCCGUUGUGUAUGCCAGCCAAGACGCCCGAGGAACAUGAGACGAAUUUCAGGCAACUGGUAGGCAAGACGAUGGGCGGUGACAACGGCGAAGGCAAAGACGAUGAUGGGAUCGAGGGAAGGUCGAGCAAUGAUCUGGUCGAAGAGAUCAAACGGGGUGGCAAGGAAUGGGAGGACAGGUUCAGGGACCUAGCUUGGGUCGGAGCGCCUUGUUCGAGGUCGGAUAUGAUGCCUUACGAGACGCCCUCUAUGGCGUUGCUUCGCGGUGACGUUGAUACCGGCGGCAACGAAAAGGGCACCAAGUUCGGUCGAUGGGUGGAAGAACAGAUCGUCAGCUGGUGCGGCUUUGACGGCGGGAUCUCGUACACCAUGAUCCAUUCCAACCAGGAUCGUAAAAACCACGCCAAAGCUUUUCGUUCGAUUUUGCAUGACGUCCUUGUCCAACAGCAUGGCAAGCCGAAAGAAGCCAAUGAGCUACUCAUCCUAUACGGCCUGGAUGAGAGCAAAGACGAGGAGGGAGAUGACGAGGCGUUGAAGAAGAUCUGUCUCUUCGAGAGCGACCUAGGUUUCUUUGCGCCUUGUCUCGCCGAAGCCCAGGGAGCCGAACGCAGAUCCUCGUCGUCGAGUAAGCAAGCGGGACCGAGGACCGUCUUGCAGCUUUUCGAUCUCGGCAAUCCGUUCGAAGGCCCUCUCACUCCCGGCAAAUACGCCACACAUACCUGGGACGUUGUCGCUCUCCUCGGCGCCUACGAACACCGCCUCUCUCCCGAGGUCAAGAAGGUCGUUAAGGGCUGGAGGGAGAGGAUGAUUGAUUAUGUUUGUUCGGGAGGCGAGGCUGCAGGAUUGCCAGCAUUCACCGGAAGUGAAAGUGAAGGGAAUGACGAGGAGAAGAUGGUCGUUGUUGACAGUAACGGGUGGAGGGCUCAGGACACGAAGCAGGCUUAUGGUAAGGGGACGAGGAGGGGAGAGGUUCUAAGGAUCGCCAAGGAGGUGGACGAGAUCUGGGGUCAAGACAUCUUUUGGAACGACGUUUGUCGAAGGUUCCUCAUGAAGGGCGAGUAGAGUCCUUUCAUGUAGAGUAGACGUCGCCUAAGCUUGAUCUUGUCUUGAACCGAUGUUUACUGUAUUCAAUGCGUGGA